AUCGGAGCUGAGGUCGGCCGCACACCCACGCGUGUAUAUAUACGCGCUACAGGCCUCUCCCGCGUCAAAAACUGAUCGGCUUGACUUGGGAUCGAUCGAGCUGACAAUCGCAUGCAUGGCGGCCUUCUCAUCCAGCAACGGCGUGCCGCCGGGCUUCCGGUUCCACCCCACCGACGAGGAGCUGCUGCUGUACUACCUCAAGAAGAAGGUCGGAUUCGAGAAGUUCGACCUCGAGGUCAUCAGGGAAGUCGACCUCAACAAGAUCGAGCCCUGGGAGCUGCAAGAGAGGUGCCGGAUCGGGUCGGCGCCGCAGAACGAGUGGUACUUUUUCAGCCACAAGGACCGCAAGUACCCGACGGGGUCGAGGACGAACCGCGCCACGACCGCCGGCUUCUGGAAGGCCACGGGCCGGGACAAGUGCAUCCGCACCAGCUACCGCAAGAUCGGCAUGCGAAAGACUCUCGUCUUCUACCGCGGCCGCGCCCCUCACGGCCAGAAGACCGACUGGAUCAUGCAUGAGUAUCGCCUUGAGGACGCCGACGACGCCCAGGGCGGCACCAGCGAGGACGGAUGGGUGGUGUGCCGCGUGUUCAAGAAGAAGUGCUUCUUCAAGAUCGGCGGCGGCGAAGGGAGCACCAGCCAGGGCGCGGAUGCUGGCGGGCACCUGGCCGUGUCGCCGCCGCCGCUCGGCGGACACCACGACCACGCCAGGGCCGCCAUGGCGUACAUGCACCCGCACCCGUACUACCACCACGCAUCCUCCUACUACUCCCAGAUGCAGGCCCCGGCGCCGCCGCACGCCGCCGCGUACUCGCACCACGUGCAGGUCCAGGACCUCCUCACCAACCACCGGCCCACGGUCGACGACGGCGCCGGCACCGCCGGCUACGACUUCUCCGGCCUGCCGGUCGAGCAUCACCCCGGUGGAGGCCUGGACGUCGGCAGCAGCGACGGCGUCGCCACGGACGGUGGUGGCGGCCAGCUGGCCGGCGAAGGGAGGGACCAGGCCACCGGUGCAGCCGCGGAGCAGUGGCAGGCGAUUGAUGGUUUCAGCAACGGCGGGAGUGCGGCGGUGCAGCAGAUGACUGGCGCCAUGAGUUCCGGCGCCCAACGAGGUGGGGAGAUGGAUUUGUGGGGUUACGGGAGGUAAAAACUUGAUGACCACACCUGCGAUGGAAAACAUGCAUGAACGGUCAAGUGUGCAUGUAUAUAUCAUGCAUGCAUGCAUACGUGAUCUAGCUAAGACGAUGGUGCAACUUGAUGCAUGAGUUCUUGGGAGUUUAUAUAUAUAGCUUGAUGAUGAUUUGUUUGGACUAGUUUUGGUGUUUACAAUGUGUGUGUAUAUGUUGUACUAUUUGUUGUUGGUUAAUUUGUUGGUACAAUAAGAGCCAAGGAUACAUAAUGGCGUGUAAUUGGUGAUUAAAUUGUGUGUGGUCGGUCAUGCAGAAGAAGCUAAUAAGCAGAAGGAUUAUUCAACUUUAUCUUGGGGUUUUCUCUUGACAUUCAUACACGGGGUAGUGGGGUACAUAUAUGAGCGUCGUGUGUUUUAAUUUGAUCUUGAGGAAGCAAGCGGCAGCAUUUGUCAA